AUGGAUUUUGAGAAGUUCAAGCAGAAAUUACGCGUCCGCGGCUCCAAAGCCAAUCACAAUCGCAAUGACCAAGCUGAUGGUCAGGCUGGCCACGAGGAGCAGCGAGCGAACAUGAGCCCCAUGGCCAAUUCUACAACAGGCUUCUCUAAGUCGUCGAUUUCAACAUCAGCUCCUACCGGCAGCCAACCGUCCCCGUUACGUCUGUGGGAUAAGUCCAGUAAGCAGUGGCCGUCUGCGCCUGAAGCCAGUGACACGCCGAUCCACGAGCUCUGGAAUCUGGCCUACGAGAAUUUACGUGAGAGCGAUGAAGACCUCAUAGUUAAAUAUGAAGCCAAGCUUCGCGGGAACUUUACCGCCGGGCUCGACGCGACGCUCGGCUUGACGCCUGGCUCGAGGGCUGACACUCGAGACCUGAUGGAGACUAUACUUCAGCACAAGAUGGACGAGAUAAACAGAGACACAUGGAAGCUAAAGUUCGGAAGCUCGGAGAUUCAAGUCAAGGACCUGGUGCAGCCCGUCCUGGGGGUAGUCAAUUGGGCUAACGAGUACAUCACUGCAGCCGUGAGCGCGAACUCGUCUGCCUCGAUAGCAUGGGGGGCCGUUAGUCUCUUGCUGCCGCUCUUUUUGAACCCCCCGAAGCAAGCCGCAUCGUUGGCCAAGGGUCUAGAGGAAAUUUCGUCUCUCAUAGCACACAGCCGCAUGUGGGAGGAUCUCUACAUUCGGCGCUGCGAGUCAAACAAUAGGCAAAUGAAAAAUUCCUCACCUGAUCAGCGCAAUGUAUUCAAAUACGCCUUAGAGCAGCUUUACCAAAAGAUCCUCAGAUUCCAGAUUGGAAGCUAUUGCUACUAUGACCGCAACGCCGCUUUCCGCCUUGGUCAAGAUAUCGUCAAGUGGAACGAAUGGGAUGAUCUACUAGAAAAUAUACGACACCAGGAGCGCAAAUUUGCCUCAAUCAACGACACCUGGAAAGAUAUCACAUACGAAGUGGAGCGAUCGGCAGCAGAGAAGCGGCACUCGGAGGCCAUUCGCCGCUGGCAAACUAUUGGCACCGAUGUUUCGGGUCUGCUAGAGGUAGUCAGAGAUGCACAGGAGAAAAAGCAACGGGACGGUUUGCUCGACUGGUUGUGUGCAGUCGAUCCCUCUGAAGCAUACAACGCUGCCCGUGACAAGCACAUGAUUGGCACAAGUGACUGGCUGAUCAGAUACAGCCAGAAGUUUAAGACCUGGGAGACGUCGACUAGCUCUCUGCUAUGGCUCAAUGGCAAACCUGGUUGUGGGAAAUCAAUUCUAAGCUCGUCCGUCGUCAAGCAUCUCCGGGAUCGAUAUGCAUCGGACCCCCAAACUGCGCUUGCAUAUUUCUUCUUUAGCUUCAGUGACCCAAGGAAACAGAUUGUAAACGUAAUGCUCGCGUCGCUUGUCAAGCAGAUCUACGCCAGAAGGCCUGACACACCAGAGCCCAUCCGGGCCCUCGGCGAAUAUAAGACGAGAGGCGAGCGUCCAGACACCGAGGCACUCAUAGCGGCAGCAUUAGCUAUCACACAUGGAUUCUCAGCGACUUUCAUCGUCAUUGACGCUUUAGACGAAUGUCCGACCAUGGCUGGUGAGCGAGCGAAGCUUUUGACCAGCCUCAAACGCAUCAUUGCCGUGAUGCCUGACAAUGUUCACAUCUUAUGCACAAGUCGAGCGGAGUUAGACAUUGUUACAACGAUGAGAACUGUCCUCAUUCCACCAUCGAGAGCCGAAAUUGAUCUGGUGAUGUACCGAGAUAUGCUCGACCACGACAUCGGUCUGUACAUUGAUGAGACGCUCGCAUCUGCUGCCUUUACGUCUUGGCCUAGUGACCUUAAGGACGAGGCGAAGGAAACGCUGAUGAAGAAUGCGGACGGAAUGUUUCAAUACAUCUUUUGCCAGUUCGAAAACCUCCAAAAUCUCGCCUCUGUCCCGCUCGUCCGCGCAGAGCUCCAACAGCUUCCUAUCGGACUCGACGCAACGUAUGAGAGACUGCUCGUGAACGUAGACCCGAGAUUUCAACCCCAGAUCAUAAAUUCCCUAAAGUGGAUCUCCUCGUCGAAUAGGGACCUCCGACUCGAAGAAUUGGCGGAGAUCUUCGUCCUCUGCCCCGGAAAUGAUGCGGUCUUUGAUAAUACCCAACGGCUGUGUGGGCCUGCAGACUUCAUCAGAUACAUGUCCAGCCUAAUUGUCGUACGGAAAGUCUCAGAAACGGUCAUCCGCAAGAAAUGGAUCCGCUAUACCAAAGAAGUCACGUAUAUCCGUCUAGCCCACUUCACAGUCAAGGAGUAUCUUAUGUCCAAGCGCAUUGCCAAUGGCCCGGCAAAAGGCUUCUCUUUCACCGAAACUGACGCCCAUCUACACAUCGCUCACUCGUGUCUUGCAUACUACCUCCAUUGCGUCAAUCUUCUUGGUGAAGGUGAAGAAGACUUGUCUGACCACGAGCUCCGAAGCUAUGCUUUCGAGAACUGGAUGUUACAUCUCGAGAUGGUACCGCGCGAGCUAUGGUCGGCUGAUGUCGGCCAACUCGCUGCACGAGCACUCGCAAUACGUAGCGAAAGCGUGCGCAUAAUUCUUGAAGAUGAAGCCGACACGAUUUGCGAUUUAAUUGGACAUGAAGUGGAUUUGUGGGUGCGUAACGAAGUGUUAACCCGGCCGCAUAUUUAUACCGCCCUGAGAGGCUAUGUCAAUCUCACCGAUAUGUUGCUGAGUGGAGGUCCCGGCACAAAUCCAUACUUAACGCAGGAAGAUAUAGAUUUAGCACUUCACUAUGCGGCGCUCGGUGGGAGCACUGCUGUCGCCCAGCUUCUCAUAAGCAAAGGCGCUGACUGUAAUUCCAACAACGGACCAACGGGAGGCGCGCUACUCGCGGCAGCAUACAGAGGGCAUAUUGCGAUCGUUGAACUCCUCCUCGACAGAGGCGCCAACAUUGAUGCGCAACACGGCGGAUGGGGCACGGCCUUACAGGCCGCUGCGUCCCGCGAUCACCUCGACGUGGUGCAGUUGCUUGUAGGCCGCGGCUCCAACAUCAACGCACCAGUAAAUGAGGCUGGGUGUGCGAUGACGUCGGCUGUGGCUACAGACAGCGGCGGAGGCAUCGAAUGCUUUCGAUUUCUCCUCGACAACGGCGCCGAUGUAAACAUGCAGUGCCCAACACGUGGUACUGCACUGCAUCAUGCGGCUGCCCACAUGAGCCACUCGGAGAAUAGGCAGUGUAUCCGUCUGCUGCUAGAGAGAGGCGCCGAUGUCAAUCUUCCGGGCGGGGAAUACGGCUACCCGCUUCAGGCAAUGUGCUGUGAUGGCUAUGUAAAGCCAUCAGAUAUAGAGCUGUUGCUUGAAAGGGGCGCUGAUGUCAACGCUCGGGGCGGCUACUACGGUACUGCGCUCCAGGCUCUGUUUUCUAACAAUUGGGUUGGAUUUGAACACAAGAGGGACGUUGCGAAGCUCUUGCUUGAUAGAGGUGCCGAUGUUAAUAUUCAAGGCGGCUUUUACGGAAGCGCAUUGCAUUCAGCUUGCUAUAGCAAAGACGCCAUGGAGAGUGUGCAGUUUCUGCUGGAGAAUGGCGCCGACUUGAGCGCUGAGGGCGGCUAUCACGGUACUAUGCUACAGGCAGCAUGCUGCAGCCUAGAUGAACGACCUGCACAGCUCUUGCUCGACUUGGGAGCCAAUGUCAAUGCCUCCGGAGGCGAGUUUGGAAGCGCCUUGCAGGCGGCCGCGUCUGGAUCCAGCUGGGACAGUUAUCGACUGGUGGUGGUGCUUUUGAGCAAGGGCGCUGAUGUUAACGCGCCCGGGGGCCGCUACGGCACUGCCCUGCAGGCGGCCUGCGCAGACGGGAGUAUCGACAGCGUGCGCACCCUACUCAACCACGGCGCCGAAGUCAAUGCCGAGGGCGGGGAAUACGGAACCGCCCUUCAGGCGGCCUGCCAAAAUGGAAGGGCACAUUGCGAAACCCCACGUUUGUUGAUUGAGCACGGUGCAAACGUCCACCUGCAGGGCGGCACGUUCGGCAGUGCCUGGCACGCUGCCGCAGCUCAGGCAUAUAACGACGACGUGUUACAGUUGCUGCUGGACCAUAACGUCGAUGUUGACGACGCACGAGGACGACAACAUGUUACUGCCCUCCACGCGGCGCUUGAUUCCAGCUCGUUUGACAGUUCGAGCCAAGAGUCGCGGAUUCACAGGAUCGGCUUUCUGCUGGAUCACGGCGCUAACGUAAAUAUCGGAGGUGAAGAGGACGGCUUCCCGCUGCAAUGGGCAUGUGCAAACGCACAAGAACACGGCGCGAAGGUAACAAAAUUCCUCCUCGAAAGGUGCCCCGAAGUCCAUGUCAACGCAGCAGGUGGUAUUUUUGGUUCAGCUCUGCAGGCGGCGGCGCACUCGGGGCAAAUAGAUUCGGUGCGAAUGCUGCUGGAUAAGGGCGCCAACGUCAACGCGCAGGGGGGCCUAUACGGCAGCGCACUGGAUGCUGCUGUAUUCAAGGGAUACUGGGAUAUCGUCGAGGUACUACUGGAGAGGGGAGCAAUCCCGGACGGCCAGCCCCAUGAGGAGUGGUUUACAGACGUUCGGGACGCGCUUGGCCGCGGAGCUGCGGAGCGUUACAGGAAGUUCUGGGAGAGACGAGAACUCUGGGAAGAGGCAGUGCAUGUACACAGUGAAGAUGAGGAUCAUCAAUGA